AUGCAAAUCUUUGUGAAGACCCUGACGGGUAAGACCAUCACACUUGAUGUUGAGCCGUCAGACACCAUCGAGAAUGUGAAGGCGAAGAUUCAGGACAAGGAGGGUAUUCCCCCUGAUCAGCAGCGUCUGAUUUUCGCUGGCAAGCAGUUGGAGGACGGCCGGACUCUGUCUGACUACAACAUUCAGAAGGAGUCGACUCUUCACUUGGUCUUGAGACUUCGUGGAGGGAUGCAGAUUUUCGUGAAGACCCUGACGGGCAAGACCAUCACACUUGAUGUCGAGCCGUCAGACACCAUCGAGAACGUGAAGGCGAAGAUUCAGGACAAGGAGGGUAUUCCCCCUGAUCAGCAGCGUCUGAUUUUCGCUGGCAAGCAGUUGGAGGACGGCCGGACUCUGUCUGACUACAACAUUCAGAAGGAGUCGACUCUUCACUUGGUCUUGAGACUUCGUGGAGGGAUGCAGAUUUUCGUGAAGACCCUGACGGGCAAGACCAUCACACUUGAUGUCGAGCCGUCAGACACCAUCGAGAACGUGAAGGCGAAGAUUCAGGACAAGGAGGGUAUUCCCCCUGAUCAGCAGCGUCUGAUUUUCGCUGGCAAGCAGUUGGAGGACGGCCGGACUCUGUCUGACUACAACAUUCAGAAGGAGUCGACUCUUCACUUGGUCUUGAGACUUCGUGGAGGGAUGCAGAUUUUCGUGAAGACCCUGACGGGCAAGACCAUCACACUUGAUGUCGAGCCGUCAGACACCAUCGAGAACGUGAAGGCGAAGAUUCAGGACAAGGAGGGUAUUCCCCCUGAUCAGCAGCGUCUGAUUUUCGCUGGCAAGCAGUUGGAGGACGGCCGGACUCUGUCUGACUACAACAUUCAGAAGGAGUCGACUCUUCACUUGGUCUUGAGACUUCGUGGAGGGAUGCAGAUUUUCGUGAAGACCCUGACGGGCAAGACCAUCACACUUGAUGUCGAGCCGUCAGACACCAUCGAGAACGUGAAGGCGAAGAUUCAGGACAAGGAGGGUAUUCCCCCUGAUCAGCAGCGUCUGAUUUUCGCUGGCAAGCAGUUGGAGGACGGCCGGACUCUGUCUGACUACAACAUUCAGAAGGAGUCGACUCUUCACUUGGUCUUGAGACUUCGUGGAGGGAUGCAGAUUUUCGUGAAGACCCUGACGGGCAAGACCAUCACACUUGAUGUCGAGCCGUCAGACACCAUCGAGAACGUGAAGGCGAAGAUUCAGGACAAGGAGGGUAUUCCCCCUGAUCAGCAGCGUCUGAUUUUCGCUGGCAAGCAGUUGGAGGACGGCCGGACUCUGUCUGACUACAACAUUCAGAAGGAGUCGACUCUUCACUUGGUCUUGAGACUUCGUGGAGGGAUGCAGAUUUUCGUGAAGACCCUGACGGGCAAGACCAUCACACUUGAUGUCGAGCCGUCAGACACCAUCGAGAACGUGAAGGCGAAGAUUCAGGACAAGGAGGGUAUUCCCCCUGAUCAGCAGCGUCUGAUUUUCGCUGGCAAGCAGUUGGAGGACGGCCGGACUCUGUCUGACUACAACAUUCAGAAGGAGUCGACUCUUCACUUGGUCUUGAGACUUCGUGGAGGGAUGCAGAUUUUCGUGAAGACCCUGACGGGCAAGACCAUCACACUUGAUGUUGAGCCGUCAGACACCAUCGAGAACGUGAAGGCGAAGAUUCAGGACAAGGAGGGUAUUCCCCCUGAUCAGCAGCGUCUGAUUUUCGCUGGCAAGCAGUUGGAGGACGGCCGGACUCUGUCUGACUACAACAUUCAGAAGGAGUCGACUCUUCACUUGGUCUUGAGACUUCGGGGUGGAUGCUCAAAGCAGUUGUAA